AUGAAGCUGUCUGCUAUUACACUCCUGGCUCUAAGCUCAGGUGCUGUCUCUGCUCCAGUUGCCGAGCCUGGUAGGGAGGUCUACUACCCUGAGUACAAGCCCGUCAAGGGCUGGGGAGAACAUGGCGGGCCUGGAAAACCUAAGCCAUAUGAUCCCGACUAUGGUGUAGGGAAGGCGAAGCCUCACAAACCAGAACCUUGGCAUCAGCCUCACUACCCGCCAAAGCCUCACCAUACUCCUCCCAAGCCCCACAAGCCUGAUCACCCUGGAAAGCCUGACUAUCCCAAGCCGGAAAAGCCAGACCAUCUAAGCAAGCCCCAUAAGCCGUGGGAGAACAAGCCUGGCCAGCCUGGGAAGCCUCCUCACCCGCCCCCUAAGCAUCCUAAGCCGGAACCUCACCAUCCUCCUCCCAAGCCGCACAAGCCUGAGCCUCAUUACCCACCUAAGCCUCAUAAAACUGAUCACCCAGAAAAGCCCAACCACCCCGACAAACCUGACUAUCCUGAACCCGGCAAACCUAGCCACCCAGGAAAGUCUGACUACCCAGGUGGUAAGCCAGACCAUCCAAGCAAGCCUGAACAUCCAGGAAAGCCUGACUAUUCAGGACCUGGCAAACCUGAUUACCCGGGUAAACCUGAUCAUCCCGGUCCUGGUAAGCCUGACUAUCCUCAACCUGGAAAACCAGAUGGUCCCGGUAAGCCAACAGGACCAGGCAAGCCUGAUAAGCAUUCUACUUAG